AUGUGGACACCAACUCCACAAUCCACUUCUGCAGUAUGUGGGGUACUACCCCCGACAACCAAAGGAUCGGUUGUCUUACUAGCGAACUUCUUCGACGAUGCUCAUUGUGACGUGGGGGUUGCAAGUCCAAAAUCAUUCGAGAAUCUACUAUUGACUGCUGUUCAGUCUGGAGAUGUGCGAGUAUUGGUUCAAUAUGCCUUGGAGUUCAGUGUCCAGAGAAGUCACGACCACAUCUGCCGAUCUCAAGUCGAGUACGAGCAGAAAGUGAGUGCAAUUGUGUCUGGAAUUGAGCAAAUGAGCCCCUUACUGAACGUUGUGGUGAACCACGAAGACGUUCGACCGCCUAUCGGAUCUUUCGAGAUUACAAUAGAGCUCACACGCAACACAGGUAAGGGAUCGGUUAGUAUCGUGGUACACUCAAUGGCCUCUACCGGGUGCUUCCCGAACCUGGAGGACAUCAAGAAGAAGAUCGAGUCGAUCGUGUUAUUCGAAGCCAAGCGGGCCCCUGGCGAAGAAAUUCAAAUCCAAGCAUUCCGACAUUUACUCGCAUUAGCAGGACAGACUCGAUACAACAGAGAGCGGACGUUCAUGGAAUCCGUGAUUAACCGGAAGCUAGUACUGACAGAACGGAAAGUUUCGGCAGAAUUCGAGAAAAUUGGGUUUUACUUUGCUGCAACAGAACUCCAGGAAGUCGUAAGUUACCUCAAACGCAUCCAAGAUACUUAUUCCCGAGCGCAAAACCAUCGCAUGGAUGAUCUACCGAGUUUGUCAAUGCUCACACCGACACCGACAGGAUUAUACAAGCUUCCGUUUAUGAAUACCCUCCUGGUGUCUUCGACCAUGAUGUGCGAUACCGGUGGACCUCGAUCACCCUGGCGUUUUGUCUGUGUUUUGCUAGAUUACGACUUCCAGCUCGUCGAUUUCGUUCACGAGGGUUGCCCAGUCACCAAACGCGGAGGCAUCUCGUAUCGACAAGGUCAGACGAUCUACAAUGGCAUUGUAGAUCGCGUAUAUCUCCGUCUAACCGCCUUGUCGAACAAAGUCUUCUCAAAUGAUUCCCACAGUGAACAGUUACAUCAACUCCCAGGAGCUCGUAUUCAGCUGGAGAACGUCGAGGAGCACCAUGUUCUCGGUAUGUUCGACGCAAGACCCAAUGGAAACUGUCGAUGGUUCACUCUAGCCGCUGCUUAUCGAUCCAAGAAAAAUAAUCUGUGGCAGCUUCAGGCGAUUGGAGGGUGUGGCAAUGCCACCUCCAUUUACGCAAGUAUCGACGAAGUCAACGUUCUCCUCGCUGAGCUACGAAUCAUCCAGACGUACGAAAUCCGUAAUCGCGAGUGCGAGGAGUUUGCUCGCCGACUGGCAAAGAAUAUCCGCUUCGGUCGAAAUGGCCGCAUCGUUCUGGUGCCAUUUUUUGAAGGUGACAGCAGCUCCAGCAAGUUUCGGUUAAAGAUUGCACUGAAGCUACAAGAAGUGGAGGAGGAGAUCGACGUGUACACGUACACCACCCGCAACUCGGCCAACCGAACUCUACCAACCAUCCAGUCGAUUUAUCGCACCAUACUACGGAUUUUAUCCCGGCACGGAAUCAAGGAAUGUCUGCAGCAGAACCCGUUCGCUCCUCAGAACAAGCGGGUGAAGCGGCAUGUCGAGUUUCGCGUCGUGAGUGCGCAGACGAACGAUCCCGUGGAAAAAGUGCACGUUUUCAUUGAGAAGAACAUCUCGUUUGAUGCGUUGAGCUCGAAUCUGGCGAAGACUGUGCUCCCCACGCUUAUGAUGGGCUCAAGACUCAUGUCCAUUCGACGUCGACUACAGAAGAAGAGAGCGAUUGAGGUCACGCGUGAAGUGGCCGAAGAGUUUGUCAAUGAAUGCAUCGCGAAAGCCUCCAAACGAGCCACGAUAGCUGCAAAUCUCAACGUAAAAUUGAUCUCUGUGGUUCGAGCACGAGCCAUGCUGAGGAGAGUCAUGCGCCAACGCUACGAGAAGAUCAAAGUGAGCAUUAUCGAGAGAGCUCGGAAGAGUGAGCACGCUCGAGAGUACUCACAGAGCUCCCCAAGUCGACUCCAACGGGCCUUUACUAACCGGUUAAUCCUCACCGAAUCUGAACGAGACUUGCUGCAGCAUUCCACUAGAGGGGAGCUCGCAGAGCUCGAUCUAAUGCUGCGAGGAGUUACUGUACCAUUCAAGGAGAAGAGGGUCAUAGACGAACGGGUCAUCAAAGACCGACGACAGUUGUUCGUGACGGACAGUGACGGUAGAGCAAACUGUCGUCUAGUCCCCGGCAGCUAUUCGUUGUACGUGUUCCACCUCGACUACUUCGACGGUCCAACGACCGCGUCUUCUUCAGUUCAGGAGCUGGUGAUCCCCCUGGACGUCUACCGGUGGACGUACAGUGUGCAGUUGGUCGACUACUUCCACCCGCACAUCAACAUUACACUUGCUGGUAUUCCUCUCCAAAUCACCAACAACUGCAGCUCGGAGCGACAAGUUGUCAUGACCGACGUCAAUGGCUGCGCGACGUGGGAUGUGUGCAAAGGUUUGUACGCUGUGGAUGUGCUAAGAGAAUGC